AUGGAAGUUCAGAUACCCGACCGGUUCGUUCCUCCGCAAUUCAAGAUAUAUGACGGGACAUCCGACCCCGAGGCCCACGUUAAAUCCUUUGCAAAUGCAAUGGCAUUUCGCACCGGCUGUGACGCCAUCUGGUGUAGAGCAUUUUCGCUGUCUCUGGAGGGAGAGGCGUUGGAAUGGUUCGACUCCCUUCCGGACGGCUCAAUAGAAAACUUCAAGGGAUUAAGCAACAUGUUUAAAAACCAGUUUGCCGCUUGUCGAACGCAGGAGGCCACGGUAGUUGACCUGAUGAAUCUCAAGCAGGGUAAGGAGGAGCCCUUGAAAGACUUCAUGGAUCGCUUUCAGAAAACCGUUCGGCGCGUGAAAGGACUCAGUACGGAGUUGGCUUUGCAGCAUGUCAUGCCCGGGUUACGUCCCGGACCGUUCAAGGACAGUGUGUGUCGGAAUCCCCCCAAAAGUAUGGAAGAAUUGCGCCAACGAACGACGGAUGAGAUCAGGGUGGAAGAUAUGAAACAAAGUUACCGAAAGGAACUUCAAGAGGCAAAGGCGGAGAAGGAAAGUCGCUGA